GCGGCACCGGAAUAGGCUACCAUACGAAAAAAGGCGCUUUAUGAGAGCGAAUAAUACAGAUAGCCAACAACAUUUUAAAAGGGCUUUUUAUAAACGGUAUGAAUAGUUGUUGUAUUAUCUACUUAGUGAAUGUUGGCUCUGCCCUAUUUUGCGUAAACGUACUUCCUGACUACAGGGUAUAGAGAUAGGCAACGUCGGCCCAGCAUCAUGGUGGCUGGCGAGUUGGUACAGCAACAUCUGCAGCGUGACAACGCACCUGAAAUAGACAUCAAGACGCCGGUGCAUAGCGGAGCAGUCCCAACCGGGGAUCAGUACUCCGAUCUAACGAAUGGAGCGGCACAUCUGACAGAACUGGACUCGAAGGCGUUGGAACAGGAGAUACAUCCAGAUGAGAAACAGGCUAUGCUUCCUGGAGAGGAAAAAUGUCUCGAAACUAAGCUCUAUUGGAGAAGAUUCGCCGUUUUAGCUGUGUUCAGCCUCUACUCCCUCGUCAACGCAUUUCAAUGGAUCCAGUACAGCAUCAUCGCCAACAUUUUCGCCCACUUCUACAAUGUAUCCAGCGACAAGAUCGAUUGGCUGUCAAUUGUAUACAUGGUGGCGUAUGUGCCGUUGAUCUUCCCCGCAACAUGGUUACUGGAUAAAAAAGGACUGAAAUUGACAGCCCUUAUGGGCGCGGGUUUGAACUGCGUCGGUGCGUGGGUGAAGUGCGCCAGCGUCCGGCCCGAUCUUUUCGGUGUAACAGUGACUGCACAGAUAAUAUGUUCCAUAGCCCAAGUCUUCAUCCUCGGGCUACCCUCUAUGAUUGCAUCAGUGUGGUUUGGCCCGAAGGAGGUGUCUACCGCAUGUGCCACAGCCGUGCUGGGUAACCAGGUGUGUAGGCCUAUUGAGUCAUGCUAUGGGGGGCUCCUAAUGAAUCCUUUAGCCUAAUCAUAUUGUAAACGUUACAGGCUAAUGCUGUGUACAUGUUUUGCUGCUGAAUAAAAAUAUGACAUUUCUGUAUUUUGAUGGAGUAUGUGUGACAUUGAUGUAUUUGUCUGAUCCCUCUUUAGCUGGGCACUGCUAUUGGCUUCCUGCUUCCCCCUGUCCUGGUCCCCAACACUGUGGAAGACAGAGAGCUGAUGGGACACAACAUCAGCAUUAUGUUUUAUGGGACGGCUGUAGUCUCCACUGUUCUGUUCAUCUUGACUGUAAUUGGUAAGUAAGUUGACACAAGCCUUGUCAUACCAUCUGAAAUGGUACUCUGCAGAAAUACACCUGAUGGAUAGCACAUCAUAGUCACUGUAGCAACUAACUCCAUAGGUCCAGACGACUGCACUUCUAUUUUCCACCAUACAAACAUACCAACCAUUCAAACAUACCACUGUAAACCAGGAUUACAUAGGAGUCAUUGCAGUCAUAUGCUACUGAGUGCUUUUGAAGCAAGAAACAGAGAGAAACACUGAUGUUGUAAAGCUGUAAAUACAGUGUGUUAGUGUUGACUGUCACUUCUCUCCUAGUCAUGAAAGACAGACCCCCACUACCUCCCAGCCAAGCUCAGGCUGUCCUACCUGACUGUGCUCCUGAAGACUACUCCUACAGACGGUCCAUCAUCAACCUGUUCAAGAACAAACCUUUCAUCCUACUGCUCAUCAGUUAUGGUGAGACACCGGACUCAUAAUAUUCCCUUAUCUUUCUCCUUAUCUUGUAACUACACUAUAACUAUGUUAUUACUACUGUAUUACAUGCAGUAACCUAAAGCUACUUUAAAGUUAUGGUGAGACACCUGACUACUUGCCAGUAGCCUGGACUCAGGUCUGUGCUUUAGCUAACUCAUCUGUUGUGUUUGUUGUCAUGCCAAAGGUUUAUGACAUGACAAUAGAAGUUAGAGGAGUUGCCCAAAGCAUAUACAGAUCUGGGGCCAGAUGCUGUCCUUCAAAGUCUCUUGUUAUAGCAUUCUGUCCAUUCCACUGAUUGUUUCCUGGGGAUAGUUGUUCAUUAUGAGAUCCAUCUGUCUUUAACCCCAUACACUCCAAGGUAGUCUGACUGCCCAGUCAGUGCUCAGUCCGGUUAUGGGCUCCCGAGUGGCGCAGCGGUCUAAACACUGCAUCUCAGUGCUUGAGGCGUCACUACAGACCCCCUGGUUCGAUUCCAGGCUGUAUCACAACCGGCUGUGAUUGGGAGUCCCGUAAGGCGGCGCACAAUUGGCCCAGCGUCGUCCGGGUUUGGCCGGUGUAGGCCGUCAUUGUAAAUAAGAAUUUGUUCUUAACUGACUUGCCUAGUUAAAUAAAAAUGUACACUCAGUUUAGCUAAUCCUUUCUUGAAUUUGAGUUUGUUUUGUUGGUGUUCAGUUCUUUUCAUUGUUUUGUGUGUACUAUACAUAUUCUUGAAGUUUAUCACUAUGUCGGGAUAAAACAUUCAAAUAAAUACAUUUUGUUUCCCAUUUUCCUUUAGGUAUCAUGACUGGUUCUUUCUACUCUGUAUCAACACUUCUCAAUCAGAUGAUUAUGGCUUGUUAUGAGGUAAGUGGAGUACAAAAUGUGUGUUCCAAAUACUGAAAAUUAAGAUUAUUUGAUAGGUUGAUUUACUACAUGCAUAGCUAGAUCAAACACAAGCUCUUGAACGGGACAAAAGUAAAACACUUUAAGGAAAAUGUUUUCUCUGUAAACAGAUGGAGUUAAAUGGGAGCUCAAACCAUGACAGGGCACGAAUCCAUUGUCUCCAGUUUGUAGUUCAUUAACCACUUUUCACGCAUGCCUGCUACCCUUGGAGGAGAGCGACUGAAAGACAAGCAAUGUUCUGUGAACUCUAGUAGCAGCCUUCUUUCACUGUAAAAUGUCAAAUUACGUAAACAUCACUUUCCCAUCAGACUUUCCAUAAAUCCCUGAACUGUACCCCCUAAACCGAUAGACCAGGUGACCAGCUUUAAGGUUAUACAUGCAUCCAGAUUGGCUGUCGAAACUUUGGUAUUAAAUUAUUGCAUCUGAGCUCCUAGAGUAUGUCGCUCUCCUUUUCUUUUUAAAGUAUACAUGCAUCCAGGCCAUAUUUUGUCUGGAGUCCUUUUGAGCUUGAAGUUUUAGCUAAGUGCACUUAUGGCCUAAACUCACCAAAGGCGAGCGUGCGAGACGUGUAUGUUUUUGAAUUACAAUGACCCAACUGAAGCCGGGCGGGUGCGUUGUCCGAUUUGACGCCUUGCUCAAUUAGAAAGUGUCUCUAUUUUUCUGUUUUACCGCAGGAGCUGUAGUCACAAAAAAACAGUACAAAUGUUGUCAUUAUUAACUUUUUUAUCGAGCUCAUUUGAAUUGGAAGAGGUAGCUAAGGGUUGAGGCUUUACCAUACAUGCUAAAUUAGACCACUUCAUCCACUUAUGGAAACCAAACAUCGCUAUCAGCAAAGAUGAUUGGAGUUAUGGACUAUCCUGCUAGCAUACAGUCACUGUUCUGACUGACCCGUCCUUUCCAUCCGCCUUUCUCUGCUUGUUCCACACACCCGCUUCUGGUGAGUUUUUCGCUUUAGCCAUGUUAGUCCAAGAGCCACCCAUCAAACAUGUAGAUAAUGUUAUGAACAGGAACAUUGUCUGAUUCAAAACGUGGAAAAACUGUAAUCUUUAAUCAAAGUUACUAUAUUUAGCAUCGAAAUCACAGCGCAUCUUGGGUAAUUUCCCUAGCAACGUUCCGACGUUGCCAUGUUUCACCUGGGUUACUUUUGUUGCACACAGGCACACAGAACAUAUAACUAUUUGUGCAUUCAGUGUUCGCCCUUGCAUAAGCUCAAGCAACACGUUACCCUCCUUCACUGAUCUAGAUGAACCCCAAAAUUAGGAAAUAUGUUUUAACCAUGUGCAUUGGUUUUCUCAGUUAAUACAAGUAGUUUUGGCACAUGUAUUUAGCCUACAAGGCCAUUAUUGCUUUGUUUUGCCUGCUAGCCAAACUAAGGUACAUAAAGCGCUGUUCAUUUAGCAUGUUUCAACAACUUCUAAUAUUUUAUUAUUUUGGUAUUCCUCUGGUCCGAUACAUAUUUUUUUUCUGCAAGCAUGGACAACGUCGUGUGUAACAAUUGUAACCAAGAUGUAACAUGGCAACCUCAUAAUGUUGCUAGGGGAAAUUACCCAAAAUGUGCUAUGAUUUCGAAAUUGUACCUUUGAUUCAUAAUAUUCAAUUAAUGUGCAACUUUUACAAGUUUUGAACCACACAGUGUUCAUAUUCAUAAAAUGAUCUAUGUAAUGAUGUUGAAACUUUGCAGCUUUGUUUCCUGGGUCACGGAAUGGCUUUUCUGAAGCCUUUUUUGUUCUGUAGCCCUUGGACUAUGUGCCUUCAUGUGAAUAUGAUAGUGUGACACAUGUCCCUGGAAAAGCCUGCUUUACUCUACACUAACAUUAACCUCUUCACCCCAGAACCAGGAGCUGAAUGCAGGCAGGAUUGGUCUCACCCUUGUGGUGGCUGGAAUGGUGGGCUCCAUCAUCUGUGGACUGUGGCUGGAUCACACCAAAACCUACAAGUAGGUACCGUCCCCAAUCACCACUGCCAGUGACAUAAAUCACUACAUUCUUUGGUGAUACAGUCAUUAAACUAUGUUGUCCAUGAUGCAAUUGUGACUUGCAGAAGGCAGUUAUGACUAUCUAAAGCGUUACGGUUAUUUCUGGAAACUUUGUGCACUGCGGUGGCUGUUUUAUGGACAUACAGUACUCUGUGGUUACUAGAAAGGGAAGUGCUAUCACGUUUCAGGAGAAGACCCAGAUGCAGACAGUGUCGAAGUAACACAAGUUUAUUACAAAAACGGGGCAGGCAGAGGUCAGUAAUCCAGAUCAGUGUCCAAAAGGUACAGAACGGCAGGCAGUCUCAGGGUCAGGGCAGGAAGAGGAAACAGGAGACAAAGGGCUGUGAGACAUGGGUUUGAUCCUAAACACAUGAAAAGUGGGAUUAUACGGAGGGUACGGGGCAACAGAAGACGAACAGCAGAGGGGCUAAUGAUUUUAGAGAUGGGGAAAGGGCUGAUAAACUGGGGGGAAAGUUUGCGGGACUCCACCCAGGGGGGCAUAUCUCGGGUCAACAGCCAUACCUUCUGCCCGAGACAAUACCGUGGAGCCGGGGUCCGGUGGUGGUCCGCUUGUCGUUGAUUCCUGGAGGUCCAGGUUGGAGAACACGUUAGCCCCCUGAAGCAGAUCGAAGGCUGAGGAGAUGAGUGGUAGCGGUUCUUCACCGUGAUGUCGUUGAGGCCCCAGUAGUCGAUGCACGGGCGCAGGGUUUUGUCCUUCUUCUCCACAAAGAAGAACCCUGCGCCGGUGGGGGAGGCAGAAGGACAGAUGAACCCGGCAGCUACGGAGUCCUCAAUGUAGGUCUCCAAAGCCUUGGUCUGCGGACAUGACAGCAAGUACAGUCGUCCCCGGGGUGGAGUGGUGCCUGGAAGAAGGUUGAUUCCUCAGUCGUAGGGUCGGUACGGCGGAAGCGAAGUGGCCCGGGCCUUACUGAACACCUCCCGGAGGUCCUGGUACUCUGCGUGUAUGGCGGAGAGGUCCGAGGCAACUUCCGAGCCCCCAGGAAGACGUCCCAGGGCAGGCUACGCUGACUUCAGGCAAUGAGCGUGGCAGAACGGGCUCCAGCCCAUGAUAGCACCAGUAGACCAGUCAAUAAAGGGGUUGUGUCGCUAGAGCCAAGAGAAACCCAAUACCACGGGAACCUGAGGAGACUUAAUUAGCAGGAAUUGGAUCGUCUCGCUGUGGUUCCCUGAUACUUGUGGUUGAUGGGGGUGGUAUUGUGGGUGACCCGGCCUAUAGAGCGCCCUUCCAGCACACAAACGUCCAUGGGAAUGGAGAGGGGCUGAGUGGGGAUACACAGCUCGGACGCCAGGGUAUCGACCAUAAAGCAGUCAUGGCAAGUUCGUACUAUCACGUUUCAGGAGAAGACCCAGAUGCAGACAGUGUCAAAGUAACAAAGGUUUAUUACAAAAACAGGGGGCAGGCAAACGACAAGUCAAGUGCAGGCAGAGGUCAGUAAUCCAGAUCAGAUUCCAAAAGGUACAGAACGGCUGGCAGUCUAGGGUCAGGGCAGGCAGAGGUCAAUAAUCCAGGUUGGUGUGACAAGGUACAGAACAGCAGGCAGGCUCAGGGUCAGGACAGGUAGAAUGGUCAAAAUCGGGAAAACUAGAAAACAGGAACUUGAGAAAGACAGGAGCAAGGGGAAAACCGCUGGUAGGCUUGACGAAACAAAACGAACUGGCAACAGACAAACAGAGAACACAGGUAUAAAUACACUGGGGAUAAUGGGAAAGAUGGGCGACACCUGGAGGGGGGUGGAGACAAUCACAAAGACAGGUGAAACAGAUCAGGGUGUGUCAAGUGCUGUAAAGACAAACUCAGAAGUUUAUGAGUUUUAACUCAUCCUUUAGAUAAGCAGCCUCCUGUACAUUCCAAGAAUUAGGUCCUGCCAGUUCAGAUCCAAUUAACGCAGGUUUGUAGUAACAUGCUCUUAAUGUAAGUCAGUUUGACUAAUCAAAAUUAAGGAGAUUUCUCACAUGGCUAAGCAUUCUCAUUUGCUCUGAAAGUCACCCUCUGCUUAACUUAUUAUCCUCUGGAGAAGCUAUAAAGUAAUUAAAAAUAAAGUCAACUUAUAUAGGCUAUGUACAUUAAGUCCCUGAAACAUAGAGAAUGAUGAAGGUGGGAGUGACAUUGUACAUUUUUCCUGCCCAUGAUACCUGCCUAUUUCCUCUUUAAUUGUGAGCCUCUCUGUAUAGAACAUCCAGUUUUAUUUCCACCAAUGUUCUGUCCUGUGCUUGUUCCUCAGAAUGACCACUCUGACAGUGUACAUCCUGUCCUUCAUUGGUAUGGUGCUGUUCAGCUUCACUCUGAACCUCAACAGUAUCUACCUGGUGUUCUUCACUGCUGGGGUGCUGGGGUAAGGCUGGAGAUAACCCUUCUUUGUAUUUUUUGUAUUUCUUCACCUUUAUUUAUACAGGUAAGUCAAUUAAGAACAAAUUCUUAUUUACAAUGACGACCUGAUUUGCUAUAAAAUUAUAAAUAAGUUAUUGAAAUGAUCAUUAAGAAGUAAUAUAGUUAUAAUUGCCAAUGUUGCACAUUGUGUCUACAUGAACAGGUAGUGAACAGUAUGGUGUUAAAAGACAGGCACCUUCUUUUCUUGUUGUUGCUUAUUUUGACAUCAGUUCUUCAUGCUCUUGUAUGUUUUGAAGGUAUACAGUCACACACACAAUGCCACUUUAUAAUUUAUGUAGUGGUCAGAGUCUAUGUUCAACCAAAACAAGGGCAUCAAGAUAAAGCAGUCUGUUUUCUCUGAGGGCAGCCAUGGUUCACUGAUAUGAUUUUGUUAUUCUGUAGGUUCUUCAUGACUGGUUACCUGCCGCUUGGCUUUGAAUUUGGGGUUGAAAUAACAUAUCCUGAAUCGGAAGGGACAUCCUCUGGUCUCCUUAAUGCUUUUGCACAGGUAAGCCCCAGACACAUGCUAACAAUCACAAGUAUUUUUCAUUGUUUGUGAAACCAUGUGUGACUGCCUCCAGAGAUAUUUUCAGGCAAAUACUUUUGUGUAUUCUCAUACAACAUAAAAUGUGUCCUCCCCUUACCAGGAUAUUGUGUAACCUUAGCCUAACCACACACAUUUUCAAAAAAGUAUAUAUCCGCACAGUAUAUACUUUCUAAUCUAAUUCUUCAUAGUAUGUACAAACAGGUUAAGCUUCUUUGCCAAGUGGGAAGGCGAUCUGUUUUUUCAGUCAGUAUAAUGCUUGUAUACCCUUGAAACAAUACAGGUGCAUAAUGUUUUUCUCACUCCCAUAUCUCCUUCUUCCCUGAGAUCUUUGGGAUUAUUUUCACUUUGAUCCAGGGGAGACUGACAACAGAAUACAACCCCCUGGCUGGGAACCUGUUCCUCUGUGUCUGGAUCUUCCUGGGCAUCUUUCUCACAGGUCGGUUGGCUCUCUGCUCUGAUCUGUUCUGCGUUGAUCUGUUCUGCUCUGUUCUGUGGAGUGUGGUUGUCUUCCAUAUGAUUCACCUUCUGCUAUAAAAACUGAUACAGACUGAGAAUACAAUAUAAUACAAUAAAAUUAGGGCUGUCAAAGUUAACGUGUUAAUAACGCAUUAAUGCUUACAUUUUGAAUGUCGUAGAUUCUUUUCACGCCAUUAACGCAUUUUCUUAGUUUGACCCUCUGAACCAUCCAUAGUUCAAAUUCAAGCCCUGGCAGCCAAUGCGCUUGUUUGACAAUCACUUUACAAGCUAGAUACUUGUAUGACUGAAUGAUGGAGAAUGCUAGGAAGGGGCUUUUAAAUGGCAAAUUCGAUUUAAAAUCACUCCCAGAAGGCUCUCUGGAUAAAACUAAAGUAAUUUGCAUCUACUGCAAGGCUGAAUUUGUUUAUCACCGUAGUACAUAAAGUCUUCAUUAUCAUUUACAAGCGAAACAUACUGUUGACACCGGCAAUACAAGUAACGUUACUAGUAGCAAUGGAGGACAUCUUUGACAGGCUAAGCUAGAAGAGUGUGCGCGCGGGAGGCUGGGAGGCCUGCGCACCACAUCGAUGAACUGGAAACUGCAUUAACACGCUCUGGCCGUGAUGAAGGCAGAAGAGAGGCACUAUGCUGAAACGUACGCCGGGCAUUUCAUGGAUCUAGCAAAGCAGUGGAACAUUGAAAACAAAGUUACCACAGUUUGCACAGACAGUGCAUGGAACAUGAUUGCAGCUGCAAGACAUCUGCCUUUUGAACACCUGCCCUGCACCGUGCACAGUCUCCAAAGGUCCACCACAGUGUCCCUACAGAACAGCGGGUUCGACAAUGCCCUAGCCAAAUGCCAUUUUUUGGGGGGCCAUUUCAAACAUAGCCCACCAAACGCUGCAGAGCUAGGACAACAGCAAGUUGCAAAUGGGCUAAAGAAGGAGUCACUCCCACAAGAUGUCACAACAAGAUAGAAUUCCACUCUGGAAAUGGUAAGCGUGUCCACAGAAACAAACAACCACUGAGAGAUGCUCUGGCCCAACAGAAAACUAACAUCACCAUGCCAACCACAGCUGAACUGGAGAAACUGCAGAAGCUGAAGGCACUACUGGAGCCCUGCAGGUAAUAUUCUCUAUCUCACUAUUAAUGUUAUAAUAAGAGUGUGUGUGUGUGUGUGUGUGUGUGUGUGUGUGUGUGUGUGUGUGUGUGUGUGUGUGUGUGUGUGUGUGUGUGUGUGUGUGUGUGUGUGUGUGUGUGUGUGUGUGUGUGUGAGAGAGAGAGAGAGAGUGUCUGUGUAUAACACGUCUCUCACAAUUGACUGAAGUGAUUUUAAAUUAUCUUUCACUGCAGGUACUUGACUGAACUUCUGGGAGGAGAGAAGUACAUUUCCGGCUCAGUGGUGUUGCCUGAUUUGUGUCAUCUCCUUUGGGUGAUGGAGAGCUCCGAUGAUGACCCUGCCUACAUGAUAAGAAAAACACCAACCUCACAUGGCUGAAGAUUGCCACAUCACUCAACCCAAGGUUUAUGGACCUGAAGUACCUUCCCAGACCUGAGAGGGGUAAGGUGUGGUCUUUGGUCAGCAACUUGCUGAAGGAAGAGAGGCCUGCACAGCAACUUGAUAAAGCAACAGAGUCAGAGCCACCAAAGAAGAAAGCUUCUCUUUUGUUAAGUUCUUCUGAGUCUGACUCUGAUGAAGAGGAGGAGUCCAUUGAGAAAUGUGUGGAGCGUUACAAAGCAGAGCCCAGCAUCAACAUGGAGGACUGUCCACUACAGUGGUGGUCACAGCAUGCAGGGGCACAUACCAGGCUGGCCUGCAUUGCACAAAGGUACCUGGCAACGCCUGCCACAUCAGGACCUUGUGAGAGGUUGCUUUCACUCUCUGGGCAUAUCGUACAAAAGAAGAGAGCAACUUUAUCAUCUGAAAAUGUUAACAGGCUUGUUUGCAUUUGCAACUGGCUCAGUGAAAAUAAAUAGGAGGAAGACUGAAGUGUAUGGUCACAGAUUUAUGUUCUGUGGAAUUCAUGACAUUGUUGGAGAGGUUUAUACUCUUUGUUCUUUGUAUCCAUAGAGCCAGUACUUUUUUUCUUAUAGCCAACCCUCCAAUCAGUAAUUGGGAGAACAAUCAUUUGGAAUGGCUGAAGCUUUAACUGUGUGUGUGUGUGUGUGUGUGUGUGUGUGUGUGUGUGUGUGUGUGUGUGUGUGUGUGUGUGUGUGUGUGUGUGUGUGUGUGUGUGUGUGUGUGUGUGUGUGUGUGUGUGUGUGUGUGCCUAUAACUCAAUACACUGCUUUAAAAAAAAAAAUUACUUAGCACCAAAUUUGAGCAAAUAAAACAUUUGCGAUUAAUCGCGAUUAACUACAGAAUUUAAUGUGAUUAAUCGCUAUUAAUUAUUUGAAUCGUUUGACAGACCUAAAUAAAAUACAUAACAAUACUAUGAAGGCUACACCACAAAUGUAUGUUUAUAUAUUGUUUGAGGCUCUCUUAAUUACUUCCCCUUGUUUGUUUCAGCCUUAAUAAAAUCAGAACUGAAAAGAAACAACGUCAACAUGGGCAUUGACAGCAAAACUCUUCAAGCAGUAAGUCACGUUCUCUCCAUUUCCCUCAAGAGAGAUUUUCUCUCUUCUUUUUCUUUUUGCUGAAAGGUCACCCUCCUCUCAAUCACUUGUGACCUUUUCCUUGAAUGAUGUAUCACACGCAGAGGUCAGGUCACUCGUCUGCUUGUUCUUUCACCUUGACAGCCAUUUUGAAGCUGUCUCAUAUCUCAUGAGAUUGCCCACAUCAAAAGACAGAACAGUCUUUCUGCCGGGCUCAUCUAAUGUGAAUCUGUAUACAUUUAAGUCAUUUAGCAGACGCUCUUAUCCAGAGCAACUUACAGUUAGUGAGUGCAUACAUUAUUUUUCAUACUGGCCCCCCGUGGGAAUCGAACCCACAACCUUGGCGUUGCAAACGCCAUGCUCUACCAACUGAGCUACAUCCCUGCUGGCCAUUCCCUCCCCUACCCUGGACCAAUUGUGCGCCGCCCCAUGGGUCUCCCAGUCGCGGCCGGCUACGACAGAGCCUGGAUUUGAACCAGGAUCUCUAGUGGCACAGCUAGCACUGCGAUGCAGUGCCUUAGACCACUGCGCCACUCGGGAGACAUAUCAUGUAUCAUGCAGAGAGCAGCGUGAUAGGGAAAGAAAAUAAAACCUUUUAAUGAAUGUAUUUUCAAUGCAUUAUUUGAAAUAGUCUUCAGGCAGUUGAGGCGCCCUAUGACGUUAGUAUUUGGCACUGUGAUUAUGUACCCCACUGUGUUGGUUUAAUGCCACUGUUACUAGCCACUUGAGUGAUGAGAAUAAUCUUUUCAUGAAAGGACAAUGCAAGACUUUAAUUAAAGAUAUCUUCCUCUCCUCUUGUCUUAGGUCCCUACUAAGUGCCUAUCAGACAAGCCAACCAAUGGCGUCAAGAUGGAAACUUCAGUCAGCUUUUCCCAUGAGACCUCACUGUAA